AAGGUCUGUUGAAAGAGAUAGACGCAAAUGAUUUUCCCUAUAAAUUAUCUAAAGAAAGAUGAUGAAGAUGCGCAUUAAUUAGUACAAAUUAAUAAGGAUUUUGUCGCUCAUGGCAAAAUUAAGCUUCCACAGUAUUUGUCUCCUAAUUGUUUUCUUUACAAGUUUUCUCAUCACAGAUGCUGCUCACUUUGGGCCAUUGAAGAAUCAUGUGGCUUUGUUCAUCUUUGGGGAUUCACUAUUUGAUGCUGGAAAUAAUAACUACAUCAACACCACUUUCAAAGCUAAUUACAAGCCUUAUGGUGAAACCUUCUUUCACUAUCCUACUGGCAGAUCUUCGGAUGGCCGGCUAAUUCCAGAUUUCACUGCUGAGUACGCGAAGCUGCCACUAAUUCCACCAUAUCUACAACCUGGAAUCGAUCAUCAAUUGACGAAUGGGGUGAACUUUGCAUCCUCAGGAGCUGGUGCUCUGGUUGAAACUCGCCAAGGAUUGGUGAUAGAUCUUCAAACUCAACUUGGUUAUUUCGAAAACGUUAGCAGGCAGUUGAGGAAGAAACUAGGGGAUGCAGAGGCUGAAUCUCUGUUAUCCAGAGCUGUUUACUUGUUUAGUGUCGGAGGCAAUGACUACUUAUUCCCUUUUGAGAUCAACUCCACUGUUCUUCGGUCCUACUCGCCAGAACAAUUUGUGGGGUUGGUGACAGGCAACAUAACAGCAGUAGUCAAAGCAAUAUAUAAGACUGGAGGAAGGAAAUUUGGGUUUUUAAAUAUGUUGCCAUUAAGCCGUACACCAUAUGCAAAAGCAUUGCUUGGAGGGGGACAAUGUUUUGAACAGAUCACACCCUAUGUAAAGCUUCACAACCAAGAACUUCCCAAGCGUCUUCAAAAGUUAGAAAGCGAACUGAAGGGAUUCAAAUAUUCACUUUUACCAUUUUACUCUUUUUUGGAACAACGGAUAAAUCACCCUUCUAAAUAUGGUUUCAAAGAAGCAAAAGCAGCAUGUUGUGGCAGUGGACCGUUCAGAGGUAUUUUCAGCUGCGGCGGAAAAAGAGGUGUGGAAGAGUAUUAUCUAUGUCAGAAUGCUAGUGAAUAUGUCUUCUUUGACUCUAUUCAUCUCACUGAAAGGGCUUACCAGCAAUUUGCCAAACCAUCGUGGAAUGGAAAACCCGCUCUCUCUGGCUCCUACAACCUCAAAGCUUUAUUUGAAUCUAAUUAAGAAAAUAUUGUAUUAUUAGAAUUUAUUACAGAAAAACCUUUUUACGAUAAUUUUCUAUAUUGAAAUAAAUUAUGAUAAUAAUAAUAAUAAUAAUAAUCUAUAUAUUGUAAAAAAUAUAUGGUAUAUUACAUUUAAGGUUCAAUAUGACAUAAAAUAUUUAUAUUAA